AUGUCUCAGACUGUCAUUCGUAUUGAUGGCCCGCGGACCUCAAUCCGCAACCUGAAAGCCUUCAAUGAGAAGAUCCCCGUGCCCACCAAGCACGAAGUGCUGAUCAAAGUCCAUUCUGUUUCGCUGAACUACCGCGAUAUUGCUGUCGCCACUUCCCAGUAUCCGUUCCCUGUCAAGGACAACGUUGUACCCUGCUCUGAUGCCGCCGGUGUUGUCGUCGAGGCCGGCGAGUGUGUCAAGAAUCUCGCCAAGGGCGACCGUGUGGUCGGUACCUUUGACCCUACCAACCUCUUCGGCCAACAGAUGGACUGGCUGAACGGUCAGGGCGCGCCUGUUGACGGUGUCCUCCGCGAAUACAUCACCCUUCCUGCUAUUGCUGCUGUCAAGCUGCCAGAGAAUUCUCCACAGAGCUUCUCUGAGUGGUCCACCUUGGUUUGCACGGGUGUCACUGCAUGGAACGCCCUUUACGGUAUUACUCCACUGAAGCCCGGUCAGAUCGUUCUCUGCCAAGGAACCGGCGGUGUGUCCAUCACCGGGUUGAUCUUGGCAAAGGCUGCUGGAGCCACCACGAUUGUGACGUCGUCUAGUGACAAGAAGCUCGAGUUUGUCAAGUCCAAAUUCGGUGCUGAUUACUGCGUCAAUUACAAGAAGCACCCUCAGUGGUCCAAGGAGGUCCUGCGGCUUAUGAACGGCGAGGGCGUCGACUAUGUCCUUGAGAACGGUGGCUCGGGCACCAUCGCCGAGAGCAUCAACUCCGUGAAGAUGGGUGGUAAUGUUUCUGUUAUCGGCUUCCUUUCCCAGGCCAACGCGAUGCCUGAUGUUGCGGGCCUUGCGCUGGCCAAGGCUGCCGUAGUCCGUGGUGUUACUGUUGGAUCGACUCAGCUUCUGCAGGAGCUUGUCCGCUAUGUUGGCCGGAAUGGUCUUCGCCUGCCUGUUGAUAAGGAGUUUGGCUUCUCUGCUGAGGAAGCCAUGAAGGCCUUUGAGUACCUCCAAUCAGGUACUCACAUUGGCAAGGUGUGUAUCAAGGUAUCGGAGUAA